AUGGGACGCUUCAGUGUGGACAGUGAGUCGCUGGUGGGUCCUGGAGCUGGUCUGAUGCAGCUGAUGGGAAUCUGGCAGCCACAGGAAGCUACCUCCCGCUUCCUGUCUACCCUAUCCGGCUUCGUGACACUCGUCUUCAUCGCUUUCGUCGCGAUCAGCGCAGCUCUCAAGCUCUGCGUCGACACUCCUGAAGAGUUGGAAGACGUCGCACAUUGUUCUUUUGUCGCUCUCAUUUGCAGCGUUGUCGUGGUGGCCGCUUUGAUCGAGUGGCUGUCGUCGCCGCUGGUGUCCCGAGCUGUUCUGGGGGACGACGAAAGCAGCCGGCAGCUCCCGCUGCCCAUCUGGUUACCUUUCGAUGCCUACGUGUCACCCACUUACGAGAUUGUGUACGCUGCUCAGUCUGUUGGCCUGACUGUCGCUGCUGAGUGUACUGCUUGCAUUGACAUUUUCUUCGUCCACACGAUGCAGGUGACUGGGGCAGAGUUUGAAGUUUUAAGCGACAACUUUUCUGCUUUGCAGAAGAACCAUGAGCAGAACAACGACAUGAUUCUCAGGAAUGGACUCUCAGUGAAGGCACAACUAAAGGACAGACUUACUUAA